CUGACUGUAAAAGUUCAAUUUCAGUAGCUGGAGGUUGAUUUGUAGUGUUUUAUUUCUGUCUGACUGAGAAAGCACCUGAAAAAAUGGAAGAUGGAGGCAAACAACCACAUUCAUUUGGCAACGGCCAGCAGAGAACUCAUCACCACAGACCUUUUUUCUACGUCCAGCCUCCAUCUCAACCUUAUUAUCUGUACCAGCAUUGGCAGAUGAACAACCCCUACAGUCACUAUGGUUUACCUGGAGGUUUUAACUUUGGCCGUCCCUGCUUGCACCCUUACCAGUACAUGCAAUAUCCUGGGUUUGUUUUCCCUCAUGCUCCCAUAUAUCCAGUGGAUUAUAGGCGGAUGUUUGAACCCCGCUUCCCCUCACCACACUGGAAUGACAUGCCUCGCCAACAGCAUCCCUCGCAGCCUCCUGGGCAGCGGGAAACGGCCUGUUCAGAGGUUCAAACGGACCCCAGCGACGCCAUAACCAAGCUCAUUGAAUGUCUGGAUAAAAUGCAGGCGAGUGACCUGCAGGGUGUAGAUAGAGAGCUGGACUCAGGCGUCGCUUCGCAGUCCUCGGGCAUGUUUUCACCAGGAGAGGAGAAGAAGGGUGAAGAGCAGGCUGCUGCUCUCAUCCUGCCUUCAGCACCUGAUGACAGCUGUUUGGAGCCCUCAGCAGUGACCUUCAGAGCCUCCACAACAGCAGUUUAUGACGGCGACUCCAGCCACAGGAGCUUAGAUGUUUUAAGCCCUCCAGAGUGCUGGUCAGGAGAAAUGGAGGAAAUGGAGGAGGAGUUGCCACUUGAUAGCUCCUCUGUCCAUGAGGAGGGUCCAAAUGUAGAGCAGUCAGCAGCAGAUGAACACCUUCUCCCUCUUGAGAAAGGAGAAGUCGCUAAUAUCCAGUCAGAUAUCGUAGUGACUGAUCAAAGUUCUCACAAAUGUGAUGCUGAUGAGCUGCUGAAGAGGAGAAUAGAUCCCACCCUUCCAUCAGUGACACUCCCCUCUUCCCCUGUAACAGAAAGUGGUGAUAAAGUCUCAAAACCAGAACACCGGGAAGCAUCGUCCCAUAACAUAAAACCUGAUCCAAGCUACCAGAUUCUGAAGCUGCCUUUUGAGAGUGUUUUGGCACCUGGAGCUGCUGGAAUGAACCGCCUUUCCUCUUCCUCUCCUUACUACUAUAACUACCUGUCCAUGCCGACGACCCAUGAGCGGAUGAGCGUGCUCAGUCCAUCUUUGGAUGAGUUGUCCUCAAAAGAUGAAAUGUUCUCCACAGAUCUGGAGGAUAUGGAUCUCUUCCCUAAGCAUGUGUAUGCAGGACGAAGGCUCACAGAAGUUGUCGAUGAACCCCCUCCAGCUGCUGAGGAAAGAGAGGAAGACUGGGCGAUUGGUUCAAGGAGGUUCAUGUGUGCCUGCUGUGGGAAAAGUCUGCCAAAAGGAACAGGAAGGAGCAAAAUCCAGAGCUCUAAAGUGUAUGUGGAUGAAGGUGGAGACUCUGAAGAGGAGGGCGGGUAUGGCAGAGGGUGUGAGCAGGCGAUUAAAGUGGUGGUGAGGAAGCAUAAUGCACCCAGAAAGACUCACUCUUUCCCUUUGAGACAUGCUGCAAAGCCUUGGCAUAAAAGAAGCCAGCACAAGGAUUCAGCAGAUCAGGUUGAGCAAGAGAAAGGUCAUGAUCUUUGUAAGCAGGACCCAGUUGAUAUGGAGGUUGGAGAAGUGACUGGCAGCGAACUGCAAUGCAGACCAUGUCAGGACAGACUCUGCAGAGAUGAAGUGAUUGCAGCAGACCAAGGCAGGUGGGGAGACGGGGGUCCGAUUCCCAGGAGGAGACCAUCUCCUUUGAAGAGACAAGGUGCAUUUAGGAAUGUGCUGUACCACUGGCAGAGAGAGGAUGAUGACGAGCCAUCUCACUACACUGGGAGAGAGGCUCAACAAUGAGACAACCGCCAUGCUGAAAUCCCCAGACUGAGUUGCGUGUUGAACUGUUCCCCAAAGGCAAAAAUGUUCCAGGAUAUGUUAGAGUAUUAAUAGCACCAGGUGAAAUCCACUGCACAUGAAGCCUCUUUUUGUUUAAUAAAAUUAAAAAAAAAAAAGUAUAAAUUGUCUGCAGUGACCCUGCCUUACACGAUUCUUUAUCAAUUAAUUUCACAAAAUGGAAAAUGAAAGGGUUGACAGGUUGUGUUGCAGAUGGUGUGCCA